GCUGAGAGAGAGCACUGUGCAAAGCUCUGGCUGGAGCAGUGGGGAGCAGUUGAAGAGCCCUAAGGGUGAGCCUACAGACAGAAGCCCACAAGCUAGGAGCACUGAUUUGUUUGUUGGUUUUUCUUUUUUUGACCUUUAUUAACAAAUCCAACUUAUGAACUAAAUGCAACAUUUAAAUAUACAUUUAGACCCCUUAAAUUGACAUAAAGAUAUUUAUUUUCCAUCCACGGUGCUACCUUAUCUCAAGUCAAUGUCCACAGAAUCUUGUGUUUUUUCCUCUUCCUUCCAGUCUCUGACAGUUCCUUUAUGUUUCAGUUGAUGUUAAGUUUUUGUUUCCAUCUAUGUAUAAUAAUUCACCCCCUCCCUUUCUUCAGAAUGCUACAUAAUAUUGAUUUAAUUAUCUUCUACUUAACUCUGCUUUUUAAUUUUUCAAUUUAUGCCAAAUUGUUUUUAAGUGUUAAUUCAUAGCUCUUGGACUUUCCUUUGAUAUUCAAUUUUCUUUUUAAGUGUCUGUUUUGGAGGCAGAAGAAUCUUUUUUUUUUUUUUAGCAAAUUCCAAGAAUUUCCAUCAAAUUUCUAAGUCAGCAUCUUGUUUCCUUCUCCCCUGUAGAAUAUUGACUUGAUAGGACAACUUUUCCAUUACUAAAACUUCCCAAUCAGUCAGUGGUUUUAGGGGUGUCACUUCUCUUCCAGGCUUUUGUAACUGAAAUUCUUGCAGCUACUACAAGAUGAGUGGUCAAUUCCUUAUGACUCUUAUAUGCUACAGAGUUUUGAGGAAGGUUCAGUAAAAACACUGAAGUAUUAUCUGAUAGCUGUUAUUUCCCUCACCACCUGUUAUUUCCUUCACCUCAACCUUCUUCUAGAACAUUUUGAUUCUGGGACACAUCCACCGUAUGUGACAGAAUCCCCCAAACUGACCACACUCCCUCCAACAAUUGCCUGUUCCUAUACCUUACAUAUGUUUAAUUUUAAUUGGGGUGAGAUAACACUGAUAUAGGAGUUUUAAACGUUUUUCUUUUAUUAUGAUGCAGAUGGAUAUGUGAGGACCACUGUUCCAGAUGGUCUCCCAUUCUUCAGCACUAAUUUUUGAUCCAACAUCAAUAGCUUAUUGUGUCAUCAAUACUGUUGUUUCUUCUAGAUGGCUAUUUAAAAUUGCUUUAUAUAAUACAGACAAUACACCUGUGUGUUUCAUAAGUGCGACCACUAUUUUCUCAAAUUACUUGUUGGUUUUUCAGAUUAUGCUUCCCGCUACAGGGCAUCAGAGCUGUGUGUUGAUCCCUACUGUCUGCCUGGAGUAAUGGGAAGUUUGCCCAGCAGGAGCAAACAGAUUGUCGUCCAACCCAGUCCAUCCACCCCCAUGCAGUCUCCGGUGCCCAUUCAGGAAGGUCAGAACAGCUAUGUGGCUGUUGCCUUGUGCAAUUUCCCCUCAGGGGAGGGGACAGAGACCGUCCUGAGGAUGGGGGAGUGGCUGAAUGUCCUUUCAGAGGACGGAGAGUGGUGGAAAGUGGUGUCUUUAGCAUCUGGCCAAGAGUGCUAUGUGCCCAGCAGCUAUGUGGCCAAAGUGUGGCACAGGUGGCUGUACGAGGGCAUUAGCCGAGAAAAGGCUGAGGAGCUGCUGUUUCUGCCUUACAAUCACAGUGGUUCCUUCCUGAUUAGAGAGAGCCAGACAAGGAAAGGCUUCUACUCCUUGUCUGUCAGGCGCACAAACCACUCUUCCUGGGAUUCUGUCAAACACUAUCGCAUUAACCGUUUGGAGAAUGGCUGGCUGUACAUCUCCCCAUGUCUCACAUUCCCCAGCCUACAGGACCUGGUAGACUAUUACUCUGAAAUUGAGGGUGGGCUGUGCUGCCUCCUGAAGGAGCCCUGCUACAUCCAAGGGGCCAGCUCAGCACCUCUGCAGAACCUCCCUCCACCUGUGAUUAUCAAGAAGCCAGCUCUUGACUGGAAAGAGCUUGACAGCUCCAUGCUGCUUACAGAGGCUCCACCUGCAGGGGAGGAGGACUCCCCUCUCAGUCUGGGCCUGCGGGAAGCCAUCAGCUCCUACCUCUUCAUGACAGAAGAGCUACCCCUGGAGCAUGAGAAGACAUGAUAAUGGAAGAGCCCCUGAGAGUGCUACACCCAUCUGGAAGAGGGCAGGGCAGGGCUGGUCUGCCCUGGCAUGUCUGCAGCCCCAUGAUAUUUAUCCCAUUCCCAUGCUCCCAAUUGGAAUUAUCGGUCCAGUACUCUAGCUAAGGUAAUGUAUUAGCUGCAUGGCCAGAAACAUGUUUCUGUUCUGACAUGGCUGGCUGGCUGUGUCCAAGCUGCUCCCAUACCCCUGGCCUUACCCUUUCACUGAAUGAUACCUGGUGCCUGCUGGUUGAAUUCUUCUCUCCAUGAAUGUAGGAGUCUGGCUGAGCAAGUUGCUAUCUGGAAAUCCCAGCCCCCACCAUUGGGCAAGCUCCUACAGAGCAGUGUGCUUGCCUGCGAUAUCUGACUGGGCACUUCACUCUGGGCCACAUAGCAGAUGGAGACUUGGUACAAUCCAGGUGUUCCUCUGAUGUUGCUGAGAACAAAAGUGCAUAGUCAACAGAAGGCUGUUUCUAUGCAGGCUACUUAAGACUUUCAUGGUGUCUGCUUGGCUCUGUGUUAUGUUGAAUGAGAGAGAGACAGAGUCUGUACCUUAAUCCUGACUCCCAUGCUAUUGCGGCCUUUGGGUCCAUACACAGCUUUUCUGCUGUCCCUCAAUCUGGACUUGCAGCCCCAUCUGCUCCGUGUUGCCAGCCCCCGUCCUUAAUUCAACAGUCAGGGGCUUCUCUUAUGACUGUACUGGUCAACUUGCAGCCCAUGGGUCACAUGAGGCCUGAAACGAGUUAAUUUGUGGCCUGCAGGGUCCUGCCCAGGCACCACUACCCCAGCUGCUCCUGUGGCUUUAGUUUCCUUCCCCUGCUUCUGGAGCUGGGGUGGCCCACCCAGCUAUAUAGCUCAUGCAGUACCUGGUCCCUCUGAAGCUGGACAGCCCUGUCUUAUGGUUUGCACCAAGGCAUGUCUAAAGUCUCCAGCCUAUCAUAAUUUAGGUUUGUGGCAGCAACAACAAGUCUUCAUCCUGUAUACUGCAGAAACAAAAUUCCCUCUUCUGAGUCUAGUCCAUCAAGCCAAAUGUCUAUCUCAGUGCUUUUCUUUGAUAAAACAGUGGCCCAGUUCAAGUGGUUCACAAAAUAAAAGUGCUAUGAGCCUAGCCCAAGAAAUGGAACCAGGAGUAUUGUGUAGCUGCCAAAUAAAAUG